AUGGAAGCAGACAUGGUGCUGGAGAAGGAGCUGAGAGUUCUGCUUGUGGCAAGUAGCACGAGGACAGUGACUGCUGGGACCUGCUGGGACAGGCUGCUCACGAAAGAUGCCAAUGACAGCUUUGCCACCUCACUUUCUGACACUUUUGCAAUUGGCAAACACAACAAACCACAUGUAUCCCUGCCCAUGGAAAGUGAAUCCACUUCAUUAUUGCUGAAGAGAAAAGAGAUUAGCAGCCAAACAGUGAACAAAAUAGUCUCUAAAUUUUCUGUGAAGACCCUGAUUGAUCGUUCUUGCUUUGAAACAAUUGAUGAUUCUUCUCCUGAAUUUAAUAAUUUUGCAGCUGUUCUGGAACAAAUUCUAAGUCACCGGCUAAAAGGUCAAGUAACCUGGUUUGGUUAUGAAAGUCCUCGUAGCUUCUGGGACUACAUCAGGGUGGCUUGUCGGAAAGUUUCUCAAAACUGUAUCUGCAGCAUUGAAAAUAUGGAAAAUGUCAGUUCCUCCAGAGCUAAGGGUAGAGCCUGGAUCAGAGUAGCACUCAUGGAAAAACAUUUGUCUGAAUACAUCUCUACAGCUUUGAGAGACUUCAAAACAACCAGGAGGUUUUAUGAAGAUGGAGCCAUUGUCUUGGGUGAAGAAGCAAAUAUGCUUGCUGGCAUGCUGCUUGGACUCAAUGCUAUCGACUUCAGCUUCUGCCUAAAGGGAGAAGGAUUGGAUGGCACCUUCCCUGCUGUAAUAGACUAUACACCAUAUUUGAAGUUUGAGCAAAGUUCUGAUAGCAUUAGCAGUGAUGAGGAAGAACUCAGGACUUUUGGAAGCAGCGACAGUGAAAGCAGCACUCCAGAGAAUGUGGGGCCUCCUCUCAUCAUGGAUGAGAACAGCUGGUUCAACAAAUGUAAGAGAGUGAGACAAAAGUACCAGCUUACCCUGGAGCAGAAGGGUUAUCUUGAAGAACUCUUACGGCUUCGUGAGAACCAACUUUCUGACUCUGUAUCUCAGAAUAAAGUACUACUUCAGAGGAUUGAAGAUUCUGAUCUGGCCCACAAGUUGGAGAAGGAACAGUUAGAAUAUAUCAUUGUGGAGCUUCAAGAUCAACUGACUGUGCUAAAGAAUAAUGAUUUAAGAUCAAGACAAGAGUUAACUGCCCACCUCACCAACCAGUGGCCUUCCCCAGGAGCUAUGGAUGUCAAUGCUGUUGCCUUGGAUACGUUGCUUUACCGAAAACACAAUAAACAGUGGUAUGAUAAAAGUUACCAAAGCCUUGACCAGUUAUCAGCAGAAGUUAGCCUUUCUCAGGCCUCACUGGAUCCUAGCCAUUCACAAGAAGAUGGGAAACAAGACUCAUUCAAUUUCAUCGGUGAAGGUAAAGAAGAUACCCCCUCUCUGCUUGGUCUCUGUGGGUCACUAACAUCAGUGGCAAGCUACAAGUCCCUCACGAGCCUAAAAUCCAAUGACUGCCUUGCAAGUCCCACAGCUGAGAUGACAAGUCCAGGCCGGACUCCAUCCUGAAAGACUACAGAAAAACCCAAAGUUUCUGUUCUGUAAAUAUUCAGUUUCCAUACGUUUGACUGCUGGGGAGAUAUUUGAAAUUUUAUAUCAUUCUGGUACACUCUUGACAUUUUGUUCUUUGGGGAUUUCAGCCCAGCCCAUGUGAAGUCUGAGGGAAAGGCAUAAUAAUCUGCUAUUUUUCUUUUUUCAAAAAUCUUACAUUUGUCAUUGAAGAUGUUUAAAAUUGAAAUGGCUUUAAAGAAAUCUUACAAAGAUUGUCUGAAUCUGUUGUAAACUGUACAAAGUUGUUACUCAACUGAUUUUUAUAUAUUUGUUUAAAUUCAUCUUGGUGUGCAGAGGCUGGGCUCAGGUUUUAUUGAGAGUUAAAAUUGGUGUUUUCUUUGACUCCUUUAUUUGGUGGUUAAGUUGGCACAGAAGACAACUAAUUUCAUGAAGGAUUUCCUAAGUUCCGAUGUCCACAUAAUAUGUUUGUACAGGAGAAGGCUCUCAGCCACAGCGAUACAAUGGCUCAUUUAGUUUUUCUUUUAUCAUUUGGUAACCAACUUCUAGCAUUUCACAGUUUUUUUGCUAUGUACCUUUUUAGGAAUUUGCUGACUUAAUUUGUAAGGUAUGUAGGAAAAGCAUUUUGUAUCUAAGAAAAUGAAAACAUUUCUUAGACGUACUUUCUCAGGAUUUUCUUUUAAAAUUAUCCAUUUUAAAAUGUGAUCAGGUGUGCCUGGGAAGUUGGAAAUAUUCCAAAAUGCAGAACAAACAUCGGAAAGGUGAUGUUUUCAUCAGAAAUUUCCAGUUUAAUUAAGGAUUUGAGAAGCUUUUAAAUGAAGAACUCAUGAGUGGCCAGCAUACCUGACUGGAUAUAUGUCUGAGCUACAAUUCUGUGUCCCCCCUGUGUGCAACAUUUAAUUAUACCUUGAUGUGUCACACCCUUUACCAUGACCUCAUUUUAAAAACUGAUCUUAGUGUUUAAAAAUCCUAUACAUCUAUGGGAAAAGUGCUCUUUUAAUGGCCAUGUUUCCAAAUCUUUUUGCUGUUCUUGAAACAACUACACAUGUCCCAAAAAUUCCACCAUAUUGAAAAUGUAUGAAGUAUAUUUUCUGUAAUGAGUGAUAUGAGGAUAUAAGUGUGCCAAAGAAGUUUUUUAUGUUGUUUACACGAAGACGUCACAAAACUUACUGGGGACUUCAGGAGGUGUUUUUGUUUGUUAAUUUUAUAUUUAAACCUAGCAGCUGUGACAUGGAGGAAGCUGUUCCUCCUAUAAGACUGUGUGUCCAGAGUGUAGGGAUUGGAGGUUCUUGGAAAUGCUUGGAGCUUAGUCUCAUGAUGUGGAAUACAAAGUAAUCAAUAGUGAUGUGACCUGUCUUACAGUGAGGCAGGAUACAGAUAGUCACUUCAGGGGCAAAGGAGGGCUGGAUGCUUGUGACAGUCUUCGUUUUGGAUGUGUCAGAACAUGCUGAGAGCUUCCUUCCCACAGCUGAAGGCUUUAAUGCUUAUACAAAUGCAUAUGUUCUUGGAAAAUGGCACCUCCAGCUGUUCUGAGGAAUGUACACUGCAUUAAGAACUCCGGUGUCCAAAGCUGCUUUUAAUUAGUGUGAGGGAUAGAGAAUGAGGACCCCGGGCCUGAGGAGGGAAUGAGGAAAUAGAUGGUCAGGAGAACUUGGGGAAUUUUAGGCUAGUUAAGGGCACGCCUCCACUUUUCUAAGAACUAGCAAAAUGUUUAAUGCUUUAUCAUCCUGACCUGCUCUCACCUGACAUUUAUGAUUCUUUCAUAUAUUAAAACCUUGGUAAGAUCUUUUCAUACAUUUUUUAUAAAGUAGAAGGGAAUACAAGAUUCCCUAAUUGGUACACUUUUUCAGAUUUGUCUGAUAGAAAUGCUAGUUUGUGCACGUAACCCUGCUGCAAGCCGCAGACUAAGACAUGACACCUGAGGAUCAAGGCUUUCCCUCCAUUCUUGGAGCUCUUGGUAUAAAAUUCAUCUGCUACUAUGAAAUCCAGGUUUCUGCAGUUCAUUUCAGACCAGAGGAGAGUUUAUAAAUGUUUGCAUGAAUAAACCGUAUGUGUCUCAAUCUUUAAUUUCCAAUGGUAGUCUUUAUUUUUCAGACCCCCCACAAAGAAUGCUGAAUUAUGUCUCUUUCCAUGUGUAUUUUGUUGCCUUGAUGUACUAUAUUUGUUGCAUGUAUA